CAUGAGUGCAUGACCCACCCGGUUUGUUGGUUUUUUUCCAAUUCAACAGCCUCCUCUCCGAUACUCCAAUCUCCCUUGUCCAGGCCAAGUGGCCAACUGCCUACCUGGGUGCCUAUAUAACCGCCAAUCCUCUCACUGACGAACGCCAAGAGAAGGGGAAAAGUAAUCCUCCAGCUAAACUAGAAAGAGAUGAGCUACUACGGUCAGCAGCCGCCGGUGGGCGCGCCGCCGCCGCAAGGGUACCCGGGGAAGGACGCGUACCCGCCGCCGGGGUACCCGCCGGCCGGCUACCCACCGCCGGCGCAGGGGUACCCUCCCCAGGGAUACCCUCCGCAGCAGGGGUACCCGCCGCAGCAGGGCUACCCGCCGCCGUACGCGCAGCCACCGCCGCCGCAGCAGCAGCAGCACCACAGCAGCGGGCCUUCCUUCAUGGAGGGAUGCUUGGCUGCACUUUGCUGCUGCUGCCUGUUGGAGGCUUGCUUCUGAUCAAGUCUGUCCGUGUGACCAAGCAGUCUCGAUCGGACACAAACCCUGGGAUUGAUGUGGAAUUAUUGUUCCUUUGAAAAGAAAUAUAUGGAAUUGUUGGGAUUGGCAUGUCGUGUUGGUUACUUUCUUUGAUAAGAUUAGUAGAAUUUUUCUACCAUCACAGCGUACAAUUAUGUGUGUAUUGCCUGUUCACCAGAUAAGUGUAUACCCCCUUAACGAAAUCAUUGUAUUUGAUGGAUUAGUUUAUCUAGUUUACUGUAAUAUCUCACUCUCCCCGUGUUAGUGACUACAAAUCGAGCCUCACGUCGAGACAUCUUUUUUUUCAGACUUUAAA